UAGGGGCGUGACUUGUGUUUGAACGUACAGCGCGGAAACGGAAUAGCAAUUGUGUGUUGCUGUUAGCUAAAGUCAACAGCGUACAUUUAACUCGACUAAAUGUCUUAUUCCACACUGGAUUAGGGAUGCGUUAUUCUCAUUUUAAGAACAGCACAGUGAUUUAACGUCUUUGGAUAGAGGUGACAGCAAGAUGCCUAUCAGAGCAUAUUGCACAAUCUGCUCUGACUUCUUCGAUCACUCCAAGGAUGUUGCUGCCAUCCACUGCGGACACACUUUCCACUAUGAAUGUCUCCUCCAGUGGUUUCAGUCAGCCCCUACAAAAACCUGUCCUCAAUGUCGAAAACAGGUCAGCACCAGACACAUCAUCAACAAGCUCUUCUUUGACGUUGGUGGAGAGGAGGGCGGCGGCUCGGUGGACCCCGACAGUUUGCAGAAUGAACUUGAUCGAAUGAAGGUGCUUAUAAGCUCUAAAGAGCGAGACUGGCGGGACAGACAGAAGGUUUUGGACGGUUUGAAGGACACUGUGGACAAGCAGAACAGAGACCUGGACAGCGUACGGAAAGAGAUUAGGGAAAAGGAGAUGCUCUGCUGUACCCUCAGAAAACAGAUGACGUACCUGGAGACACAACACAACGAAACUCAGGCUUUAAAGGAGGAAGCCCGCAGACUCAGGACCAAAAUGAAAACCUAUGAAAGCGUGGACGUGUUGCUGCAGGGUCAGAGGUCAGAGGUGGAGUCCAUGAUCACAGAUAUGGGGGUCAGCCAGGCGGCGGUGGAGCAGCUCUCCAUCUACUGCAUCUCGCUCAAAAAAGAGUAUGAUAAUCUGAAAGGAGGCCUGAAGUCUUCAAACGACAUGUGUGAGAAGCUGAAGAGGGAAGUGCUCUCCUCAAACCACAGGUUACAAAAGGCCACCAUGGAGGUGAAUAAGACAAACGAGGACAUGAAGUCUCUGCAGAACGAUCUGGCCAGUGCUGACAAGGAGAUCUCUAGCCUGAAGAAGAAGGUGGAGUUUCUUCAGAGGACUCUCAGCACCCCGACGCGGACAAACGAAGCGCUGAGUCGCCUCGUCUUUGAGAGCCCGGCCCCGAUGGAGCUGAAGCAGCCCCGCCUCCACUACCCUUCAGACAGCAUGGACAUUGACCUCAACAUGACCUAUGACAUCACCACGCCCGAUGAUGUGGCCAAGAAACCGCAGUUCCAGUGCAAGAAGAUGCGGCUCGAUCCUCCGGCGUCGUCGGUGUCCAAGCCCAACGAGAAAAGUUCGUCGCACAGCAAGGCUCGAGACGAGGAUGCUUCCAUGGAGCCUUUCUUUAAGAACUCCCUCCUCUUCAGAAAGAAGAUUUUCGGCAGCAUGUUGGACCCUCAGAGGAUGCCGGGAGUUAUGAGAAGUGGAUAUGAUGGUUUGGGAGGACGUACUAAAUUCCUCCAACCUUCUCCUUUAUCAGAGAUUCGCCCGCUGAUGAAGGCUAAAAGGAAAAAGGUGUGCAGGCCUCCACCCAAGAUGGCCACCUGCCUGACUCUGGACGGCUUCCUGGAGUAAGAGUCGACCUCUCCUUCCCCGGUCGUGGGGUCGGAGGUCAUCAUAACGCUGCUGCUGUGAGAUGAAGUGUGUUUGUUCCCCGUGGCACACAGAGCCAGCCGGGCAGCGGUUCUGCCUCCCAGCACCAAACGGGACUCUCAUCAAACUUCCUUCAAAAGCAGUGACUGACCUCCCACUGGACUACAGAUGCUGAUUGGUCACAUCAACACAUGCUGUACACGUGUAGAUUGAGACGUAUGUGGACACAUUGUCCUGCUUUUCUUCUUCUUUCUUUGUGCGCGAGGCAAAUUGACUUAUUUGCAAACCAUUGGGAUGUCAGCAUGUUGUUCACAAUGCAUCUGUUGACUUCACUUAUUUGUAUUUAAAACACCAACAUGUGUAUAUACUGAGGUUCUUUUUACUUUACAUGUUUUUUCGAAUUAAAACCAACUCGAAUAAUAAACAAUAUAUUUUUUUUAUUAA